UACCUCCGUAGGCCGCUUCGUGCGCUGCUCCGCGCCCGCACCCCGAGUGUCGCGCCAUAUGCUCCUCCGGGCCGGCCUGGCAGCGCUUCCCCGGCUUCUGCGCACUCUCGGGCCCGCUUCUGCCGCCCCCAUGAGCACUGGCACCUUCGUCGUUUCGCAGCCGCUCAACUACCGCGGCGGAGCCCGCGUGGAGCCGGCGGACUCCUCGGGCACCGAGAAGGCGUUCGAGCCGGCCACGGGACGAGUGAUAGCUACUUUCACAUGUUCCGGAGAAAAGGAGGUGAAUUUGGCCGUUCAAGAUGCAAAGGCUGCCUUCAAGAUAUGGAGUAAGAAAUCGGGCCUGGAGCGUGGCCGCGUCCUCCUGGAGGCCGCCCGGAUCAUACGGGAGCGGAUGGAUGAAAUUGCCGCCAUGGAGACCAUCAACAAUGGCAAGUCCGUCUUCGAGGCCCGCCUGGACAUCGACCUCUCCUGGCAGUGCCUGGAGUACUACGCAGGCUUGGCUGCCUCCAUGGCCGGUGAGCACGUCCAGCUCUCAGGCGGGUCCUUCGGCUACACCAGGCGGGAGCCGCUGGGCGUGUGCGUGGGCAUAGGAGCCUGGAACUACCCCUUCCAGAUCGCCGCCUGGAAGUCGGCACCGGCCUUGGCCUGUGGGAACGCCAUGGUCUUUAAGCCUUCGCCCUUCACGCCCGUGUCUGUGCUGCUCCUGGCUGAGGUCUACACCGCGGCCGGUGCACCCCCCGGCCUCUUCAACGUGGUGCAGGGCGGGGCCACCACCGGCCAGCUUCUGUGUCAGCAUCCGGACGUGGCCAAGGUCUCCUUCACCGGAAGUGUGCCCACCGGCUCGAAGAUCAUGGAGAUGGCGGCCAAAGGGAUCACGCCCGUCACCCUGGAGCUUGGAGGCAAGUCUCCCCUGAUCAUCUUCUCGGACUGCAACCUGGAGAACGCCGUGAAGGGCGCGAUGAUGGCCAACUUCCUCACGCAGGGCGAGGUUUGUUGUAACGGCACAAGGGUGUUUGUGCAAAGGGAGAUUCUUGAUAAAUUCACAGAGAAAGUGGUGAAACAGACCCAGCGGAUAAAAAUUGGGGACCCCCUUCUGGAAGACACCAGAAUGGGCCCCCUCAUCAACAGGCCACACCUGGAGCGCGUCCUCGGGUUUGUUAAACAGGCCAAGGAGCAGGGGGCAAAGGUGUUGUGUGGGGGAGACCUGUACACCCCCGAAGAUCCCAAGUUGAAGGACGGCUAUUACAUGAGACCCUGUGUACUGACCAACUGCAGGGACGACAUGACGUGUGUGCGAGAGGAGAUCUUCGGCCCGGUGAUGUCUGUCCUGCCGUUUGACACCGAGGCCGAGGUCCUGGAACGAGCCAACAACACCCCUUUCGGACUGGCUGCUGGUGUCUUCACCAGGGAUGUCCAGCGCGCCCACCGGGUGGUGGCGGAGCUGCAGGCCGGGGUUUGCUACAUCAACAACUACAACACCAGCCCCGUGGAGCUGCCCUUCGGUGGAUACAAGAAGUCAGGGUUCGGCAGAGAGAACGGCCGCGCGGCCAUCGAGUACUACUCGCAGCUGAAGGCUGUGUGCGUGGAGAUGGGCGACGUGGAGUCUGUGUUCUGAGUGCGGCCGUGCCCGCCGCCCCUCCCCACCGCCCCGGCAUCCUGGCGACGGGCCGCGUGCAGAAGUGCCUUCAGAUUCCAAUCCAGAAAGUCGCGAUUGCCUUCAAAGCCAGUGUCCGCGUGACCCCAAACCGCCAGUGACACACUUCUGGGGUCGGGCCUCGGCCCCAGACUCGGCCCCUGCCUGCGUCCUCUCUCUAGCUUCCUGUAAACGACUUGCUCCUUCUAGGUGCCUGGGGGACUCUGGACAGACGAUUUCAGGUCAUGGAUGUGUUUUAAACGCUGGCCCCUUGUCUUUCCACUGAGGAGCUGACAAUGGGGACCGAAGGGGGUUAGACCCUGGAUGGGUCUGUCCGUGGGAACAGGAACUCCCAGAGAAAGCGUCGUGUCCCGGUCCCCCGCCCCCGCCCCCGCUCCCGCUGCGCCUUUGAACUUCAGCUGCUCUCUGACACCGCAUCUCCUUGUGAAAUGGACAGAUUGUUUGCAGGCCACCGCACGGUACUGGAAUUAAAUAAAU